AUGCUAAUUGUAAGUUUUUUUUUCAGCUGAAAAAGAUGUCAACCUGGCAGAACAUUCCUGGUGGCGGUUACUACCCUGGUCCAGAAGGAUAUCCAGGGAAUCCACCACCACAGACAGGCUAUCCAGGUUAUCCAGGAAAUCCCCCACCUCAAGGAGGUUAUCCAGGAAAUCCACCACAUCAAGGUUAUCCUGGUUAUCCAGGAAAUCCGCCACAUCAAGGAACCUAUCCUGGUUAUCCAGGAAAUCCUGCACCACCAGGAUUUGUGGCACCUCCUGCUUCUCUUCCAUAUGGCCAUGUACCAUCACAACCAGGCACAUAUGGUUCAAGUUAUACCGAAGAUCCUAUGCAGGAUGAAAUUAAAAGAUUUCAAUUUGAUGAUGCAGUAAUACGACAAGUAUUUAUUAGAAAAGUCUAUUCUCUUCUGAUGCUGCAAUUGUUAAUUACUUUUGCAAUAAUUGCUCUUUUUUCAUUUAAUGAAAAAGCAAAAUUGUUUGCCAAUAAAAAUCCAUCACUUAUGUAUGUUUGUUUAAUUGUGACAUUUGUAAUGAUUAUCUGUAUGGCAUGCUGUACAAAUGUACGCCGCAAAGUACCAACGAACUAUAUUUUCCUUUUCAUCUUUACCUUUGCUGAGGGAACCCUUUUAGCAUUUGUUGCCAGCAUGCACAAAGAGCAGCAUGUUUUAAUGGCAGUUGGAAUUACUAUUGUAAUUUGUUUUGCUCUUACCUUAUUUGCAUUUCAAACAAAAUUCGAUUUUACUAGCUUUGGACCGUAUUUGUUUAUUGCUGCUAUAAUAUUCAUGAUUUUUGGUUUUUUGACAAUCUUUUUUCAUGGGCAAAUAAUGACCAUAGUCUAUAGUUCUAUAGGUGCUCUUUUGUUUUCAUUUUAUUUAGUAUAUGAUACGCAACUUAUGAUAGGAAACAAACACAAGUACUCGUUAUCUCCCGAAGAGUAUGUCUUUGCUACACUCAAUAUAUAUUUAGAUAUAGUCAACAUUUUCAUCUAUAUUUUGAAUCUCAUCGGUGCUUCCUCCCGUGAUUAAAAAUUUAUACACAUUAAAUAUUACGAAGAAAAAAUCGUGAUUGAAGAGGAUAAAAGAAAUAAAUUGAUACGAUAAAUCUUCAAUCUUGUACCAAAUUUCUUGCAAAUUUUCGUUACUUUUACUAUUAGGAUAA